ACAUGUUGGAUAUGUGUUUUAAAUGUCCAGCAUAUUAUUACAACUUAUGAAAGUUUCUUCUUUCACAGAAUUGUCAAAAGCAAAAUGAGAUUAGAAAAUUAUGAGAUCAAAAGCAACAGAGCAACAGGCAAUGACGUCAACAUAGGGAAAAAGAGGUGCGGGUUAGCCUGAAGUAGAACAGUGCUUUGUCUGAAAGUGAGGAGACCCAUGCACGAGUGGCAUCUCACCGAUGUGACUUCUAGUCUAUAAGGAUAUGAUGACACCCCCAAGGAGAACACUUGGGAAGCGUUAGAAACAGUUGAGAUACAAUUUUCCAGGAAAAGGAAAAUAAAAAUGAGAAAGCAGAAAGCGAAGGCAAAACCAAAACAGGAAAUAUACGAGGAAGUGGACCGGCCUUCCAAUGGCAUUGUAUCUGCUACUCAACCAUGCUACAUAAUGGAUGGGAUGGGAGAAUGUGAGUGCUGCAUUAGACAGGGUGGGCUGCAGGGCAGGGCGGACACUGAGGACACUCCAGAGGCAUCCCCGCUCAUGCCAGACAUGCUGUUAAGGCUCCAAGGCUUUUCAUAACCUUCAGUUGAAAAACAGAGAACGUUCUGAGUACACUGCAGCACUGGAUCCAUGACAUGACUGUUUGUUUUUUUUUUUGUUUUUUUUUUUGUGCUCCUCGUCGGUAAUACUACACCUGUUGCUUUCUUGUUUUUGUCUCCAAAGAAACAGGUCAACACAGACUUCAGACAUGUCAGAUUUUCUCCAUGCAUUGAGUGCAUCCGGAGUACAAGAGCAUGCACCGGGUGGUACUGGAAUGGUUUGGAGUAGAACACUAGGCACCGAAGCUGGCUGGAGGAGUGAUUUUAGGAGUGGCCUUGUGGCUCCGUCAUGACAGUCAAACAAGCAACCUCCUCAUUCUUCAAUUUGAAGGCCACCAAGCACCGGGCACCUUCUACAUCAGUGUCUACAUACUGAUAGCUGUUGGGGCUGUGAUGAUGCUGGUGGGCUUCCUCGGCUGUUAUGGAGCCAUUCAGGAAUCCCAAUGCCUGUUGGGGACGUUCUUCUUCUUUUUGGUAAUCCUCUUUGCCUGUGAAGUGGCUGCCGCCAUUUGGGGUUUCAUGAACAGAGACACGAUCUCCAAAGAACUGAUCAACUUCUACGACUCAGCGUACAUCAAGGCUGUCGAUGUGUCAGGCUCCCCCAGUAAGGAUGCAGCCAUCAAGGUGCUAGAUGUUUUUCACACCACGCUCGACUGCUGUGGCAAAGGCGAUGAUACGGCUCUCUUCAAACAAGUUGCCAGCACUUUGUGUCCCAGAAAGUCACCCGAAGAUUUCCUGAGGUCUCAGAGCUGUCACGACAAACUGAUCGAACUCUUCUCAGAGAAGCUCUACCUGAUUGGUUUGGCCGCACUCGUGGUAGCCGUCAUCAUGAUCUUUGAGAUGAUCUUCACCAUGGUGCUCUGCUGUGGGAUCCGUAACAGCGCAGCAGCCUACUGAGGCCGCACAGUGAAAAGUACCAUGACUCUUUAAUGGACUUAUUUUUUAUUUAAUGCCGUCUCUGUUCUUAUCAUUACGACACAACAUGAUGGAUAUUUCUUUAAAAAAAAAAAUAGACUUCAGAUACAAUAUUUGUUGUUUUUUAUGCUACCUUUCAUCAGCCCUAUUGUCUAUUUAUCAUAGGACACAAGAACCUUCUCUAGUCAUAGUAAUUGUUAUCUGAAUUAACUAAUACUGUUUUUAUAGAUGUAUAAAUUGUACAUACAGUGUGCACGUGUCCUGUUAGUGACAAGUAGAGUACUAGUACUAGUACUAGUACUAGUACUAGUACUAGUGUUACAUCACUCAACCAGCAGUCAUAUUCUUUUAUUAUCACUACUUUGCUCUCUUUAAUAAAAUAAGUCUUCAUGCUGUA